GAGAAAAAAAACAAAAAACAGCGCGGAUGGUGCAGUUGCGCAACGAGCGACAAUGGCAGGGUCAACAUUUCACAGGGUUUCCUGUGACACCACCAUGUCUCCCGACUGCUGACAACAAGUCAAUGCCGGAUCUGACGGUGUUAAAGCAGGUCUGGUAUCGUGUAUCCUAGAACACUUCCCGUCAAGAUACACAGCACAGAAAAUUAGAACCACCACAUACCUGGAGAUCAACAGAAUUCAUUUAUAAAGAAUGGCCACCAUUGCUGGUUGUAUGACCAAUGAUAACUCCACCAGCAGCUCAAUAAGCACCACAGUUAGGUCCAAAUGGUUCCCUACAGUUUUGGUUCCAACCCUUCCCAGGAUGAGUGUGCCAAAACUUUUCCAUGAGCCUCAUGUUGAAACAGGGUUUCGUCAGACAGGUCAGCCAUGGUGCUACUAUUUAUGCAGUCUAUUUCAGGUGCAUAAUGAGUGCAUGAACUGCUGGACUCAUCUACUGGCCCUAAUAAUGGUAACAGUUCGCAUCUGGCACUUCUCCCUAGAACGUGACAUGCUGCAUGACCCUUACAUGUGGCCUCUAGGAGCAGGUUUGCUCACAAUUGUCCUACUGUACCUUUGUAGUUCAGGUGCUCACUGCUUUUCCAACAAAUCCGAGAUGGUGCAUUACACCUGCUUCAUGAUUGACUAUGCAGGCAUCGGACUGUAUGGGUUAGGAAGUGGCAUCAUCCACUAUUGGUAUUGUCUUCAUGAAGACAUGUUUGGGUGUUUUCCACACCGAUUUGCUGCUCCCAUGGGUAUUCUACUAAGCUCUCUUGUGUGCGCAUGCUGUUCCAUCUCUAAGACACGAUAUACCCGGCCAUACCCCUUCACACGACGUUUGUGGCAAAUAGGAUCUGUGCUUUCGAUCUACGGCUGGCUUAUUUUUCCAAUUUUGCACAAGAUCUACCUCUGCAUCUGGUUUUCAUUCUGGGAACCAAGCCUCACAGACCACCUGGAACAGAUGCUUUGGUUUGUGCUGGGUGGGUUUUUUUUCGGCUCGGACAUUCCUCAGCGAUUUUUCCCUGGACUGUUUGACUUCAUAGGACAUAGUCAUCAGAUUUUCCAUUUAUGCAUUCUUAUGACCUCCUACAAACAGCUGGAUGCUGUGUACCAAGAUAUCAUCACAGAUGAAAAAGAACUUUAUGCUGGAGAACCCCCGACCUUCUACAACACCUAUGGAGCUGUUCUGCUGGGACUUAUCAUCAACUUCUUUAUUGUUCUUGGUUUCCGCCAGGAAGCUAGACAGAAAAUUGAUUAUGAGAUCCAUCAAAUUACAAAAGAACAGUGAUGGGAUUUUCUUUUGCCAGGUUCCUGUGUUACUGUUAUUUUUUUUAAUGUGUUCAGCAACAAAACAGCUUUCAGUGAAUGCAAGAGGCUUUUGACACAGGUAACUAGGUUUGAAAAUUAAUUCAGGGGCCAUGUACUCCUUUGUCGUAAAAAUGUAAUUAAUUUUUCUAGAUUCCAUGUGCUAACCAUGCACUAGUGCUUCAUAUUGAAAUAUAUGUGUGUGUGUGUGCGUGCACACGUGCAUUUCUGGGAAUAAUUAGUAUAGCUCCUUGGAGUGAAGAUUACUUUGAGAAUGCUAACCUGUUGUCAGCUGUUUGACUUGUUCAUGUUCCACAUUUUUCCAACACAUUCUACCUACUGCAGUCAAUAUGGAGAUAUUGAGUCAAAUAUGCACUAUGCAGUCAAAAUUUAUAUGGAGAUUAAAGUCAAAGCACUUUUGGCUCUUGGCACACAGUUUUAGAGACAAUAAAUAUCGGGAAGGUUGGAGAAGAGAUAGCAAGAGAAAGAGACACCCUCUGCGUGUACUUUUUUAUAUUUAAGCAUUAUUUUGCAUGGGAUAGUGUCUGAGCUUUACAACAUUUUGACCAGGCUGUGUUCAAAUCAUUAUUAAAUUUAAUAUUGAUUUUUUUUUCUUUUUGUUUAAGGACUAGUGCAAAUAUUUUUCUAAUGACUGGGUAAAGUUCAGCUUAAGAUGUUUCCCCAAAUCGGGAAGGAUAGCCCUCUUAAGUUCUCAAUAUAUCUGCAUGCAAGUAUUACCAUGUGCCAGCUCUAAAGCCUUCACAUUGUAAAUAUAUCCAUCCCCUAUCCUGAAGUCUGUGUUAUUUGCGGCUAUUUGCAGAUUAGGAGAAUAAGUAUCUUGCACUGAAAUGUACCCAAUCAUUUGAAACACAAUUUUGCACCUCUCUAGUCCUAUAAAGGUAUUGAUUUAAUUGGGUGCCUUAAAAAUGAAACAAAACAUUUCAUCAUAUUGCUGUUAAAAUGGUCCAAUAGAUAAAUGAACAAUUAAGGAUUUUAAAUAAUCUUACAAAAAAAAAAGUAUGUGAUUAACCCAAUAUUUUCUCAAAAGGCAUGACCAGAGUAAAGUACACAAUCUUCACUUUAAUUUACAGUAGUUGUAUUUUCAUGAUAGUUACUGAGGCUGUCCCAACUGGAAAGGGAUGCCAAGUUUAACCGGGUCCGAUGUCGGAGUGUGGUUGCGGCCCUAUGCUCCAGUGUGGGUAAAUAGGAAGAAGAAGAAGUUACUGAGGCUCGUUGAUUUCCAAGGAUAUUUAAAUGUGCUUUGUGUGCUGUCAUAUUACUGAAACUGUAGUUUGACUGAUUUUGUAAACAGCCAUGGUAUCUCAACUAGAAAAUAUAAAUGUUUGAUCAGUAUAUUUAUAGGAGCUGUAACAUGCUCUUUAAACAUGUUUGCAGGGUAAAAGCACUUGUAUUUAUGUACCCUCUGUUUGUGAAAUCCAUUACGGAAGGCACGUCACAUGCAGCUUAUGUUUCCUGAAAUGUUUAAAUUUUUUUUUUAUAUUGGCAGUUGUCAUAAAAUACAUGAGUCACUUAACCAUCCACCUAGUCAUAAUAUCAUUACUGGUCUGCGGAGCGAGCACGAUCUAUAUUGGUCGUGAUGCUGCUCAUUAAAAAUACCCAUUAUUAUUAUUGUAAAUGAAACAUUUUUAUAGCACACUUCUAAGGAGCAUGCUCCUAGCACUUAAGAACAAGAAUGAGACAUGGGCAACAUAUAAGGGACAGAAGAACAAAUAAACAUAUGAACUAUGGGAGGAUAUUAAUUACACUGUGAGAACUGUGUUGCUAGAACUUCACAUGUCAUAAAGGACAGUGUAAAUCUGAAUUAAUAUAUAAUUAAAACUGGAAAACAUGUGGCCUAUACUCCAUAUGUUUCUUGAACAAGUGUGUUUUAAGGGCUCAUUUAAGACUUUUUUGUCUGCUGAUGGCAUAUCACAUAAGGGAGAACACUCCAGCUAGAGGAUGUUGAAUGCCAGAAAGGAGGGGAAUCUAUGCAGAAGUACGGAGAUGCCGGCUUGGAGCAUAAUGAGUUCGAAAGUUGGAGAAAAAAGAGCAGAACCUGCAAAGAACUAGGAGCAAACUAUAGCAAGUUUAUAUUCUUUAUGAGCCUGGACAGGAAUCCAGUGGAGAAUACAGAAAAGUAAAACUUUUGUUUUUGUUUUCUUUUUAUUUGAAAGCCAUAUGAUAUUUACAUGUGAUCAAAUCAAAACUGUUGAGGUAGGAUCGGGCAAUGAUCAAAGUAAUACUUUGUUUUUGCAGAAGAUAUAUAGUGGUAAUGUACUAUUGUAUUACCAUGUACUUCAUGACAUGCAUAACAAAUGAGCUAUAAGUGCAGUGUGUGUGUGCAUGUGAUUCAGCUAUGAUCAUUGCCAUAGUUUUCUUUUUUUUUUUUUUCUCUCUUAUUAAUUUCUAACCUCUAAAAAGAAAAAAGCGAACUUCAUGUAAUAUCAUAUAAUUACUAGUCACACUUUCCUGCCAGCAUCAGGAAUUUGUCGUCUGUCCAUGUGACAUGGAUACUUUAAUAUUUAAAUGUUAAUGAUUGGAUCGAAAGUCAAUGAACAAUUGUGAUCAUUCAGCCUUUAAUACCCUUUUUGCCUAAAAUGUGUGCUAGACCAUAUGUAUUUCAUUCAGAUACAAUAUAUAUAUAUCUGCACAACAUGGUGUGUCAGGGAUUUUCAUAUUGUACUUAUUGACAUUAUAUUAAGUCAUUUUUUAAGGAGACUGCAUAAUUUAUAUAAUUUAAAAAUGCAAUAUUACUAUACACAUUUUUAUCGUGACCAACUAAUCUUUAUGGUCUGUAGGACAGAAAAUCAUGAUGCUCAAACAAAUCAAGGUUGGUCUGAGAGAUUUAAUAGCAGUUGGUGUCUUUGCAGCUGUACACAAAAUGAAGAACAAAACAAAAUGAACUGUAUAGUGGAACCUAGUCUUGCAAGUCAGUCUGACAGAAAAAUGAAAAUAUGUAAAAGCAGUGCACAGCUGUCUGGUUGGAGACUAUUGAUAGAAUGUUUUUCUUUAGUGCUGUGUGAUUUAUUGUGCAUUUGUGAUAAAUUAUUUCUGCUAUGAAAGCUAUAAUGUAAGGGUAAAAAAUAUCUGCAGAGAAAAGGAGUAGUCGUGAAUAGUUAUAUGUAUUAUCAAUGCUAGGCAGCUGGUGUACUUUUCACACGCAUUAAAAUGUAAUCAAUGCAGAGGUUUUUGGAUGUCAGAGAUGUGUUAGCAUGUGAGAUUUUUGGCUAUAUUAUUGUAACUUAAGCCUAUACUAUCAGAUCGAGGGAGGUAAACAUUUGGGUUAACAUUUGAUAGGUUUUUCUAAUUAUCAUUUUAUCUUCACUGAAAAAAAAAGUUUAAAAUGA